AUGGGAUCAGAUCGCAUUAGCCAUAUUGGUAAACCGCCGGUCAAGGAAUCGUUUACAAGCGAUGAGCAGGCAGCUGUGCAGCCAGUAGUGCAACAAGUUCCCCGGCAGACGAACUUCAAGGUCGACCGCGCCCCCGUGAACCCAUGGGUACACUUUGUUGCCGGAGGCCUGGGUGGCAUGGCCGGUGCCCUGUUCACUAGCCCGCUGGACGUGGUCAAAACCCGAAUGCAGAGCGACCAGCUCCAAAGUUUAUUAACCGAAUCAAGUCGCGGCUGGAAGGGUAAUGUUUUCCGAACAGCCAGCCGCCAUGUGACCGAGACUUUCCACAUCAUUGCUAAUAUUUAUCGCCAAGAGGGCCCUCGGGCUUUAUUUAAGGGACUGGGUCCGAAUUUGACCGGAGUUGUUCCGGCAAGAUCAAUCAACUUUUUCACUUAUGGCCUGGGAAAAGACUUCCUGACCACCCGGUUCGUAAAGCCUGGCGAGGAGCCCAGCUCGUGGAUCCAUCUAGCCGCGGCUGUCAAUGCCGGAAUUGUCACUUCCACAGCCACCAACCCAAUUUGGCUAGUCAAGACCCGCUUGCAACUAGACAGAUCGAGUGACGGCCGCCGUCUGUACAAAAACAGCUGGGACUGUGUCGUCAAGAUCUGGAAAAAUGAGGGGUUCACCGCUCUCUAUCGCGGUCUUUCUGCAUCCUACUUGGGAACUGCCGAAAGCUCUUUACAAUGGGUUCUUUACGAGCAGAUGAAAGCCUCGAUCACCCGCUACCAACGCCGCUUGGUCGAGCGGGGGUACGAGCUGAGUUCUUCUGAUAAGUUCUUGCACUGGUUCGCCACGUCUGGCGCGGCCGGCGCGGCAAAAUUCAUUGCUUCUCUCAUCACAUACCCCCACGAAGUGAUUAGAACCCGUCUGCGGCAGGCUCCCAUGGAGAAUGGCGCACCCAAGUACAAAGGCUUGGUUCACUGCUUCAAGCUGGUUGUCCGUGAAGAGGGUCUGGCAUCAAUGUAUGGUGGUCUUACUCCUCAUCUUUUGCGCACGGUUCCUAAUAGUAUUAUUAUGUUUGGCACCUGGGAUCUAAUUGUUCGCCUGGUGGCAUCUUACCAACAUGAUUGA